UCUCAAUGGAAUGAACAUGUCUAGACACUGUUACUCAUACAUCCAAAUCAAUAUUUGCAAAUAAAAUCAACUCUUCACAACAUUGAUUUGAUAUCGAUCGUCUCGCUCACAUCAAAGGUCCAACCAAGAGGUUUUUCUUUUCCCUAUUUAAUCGCCCCUGUUGCCAUGGUGAGGGCAGGACCAUGAGGGAUUAUUAUCACAAAAAAUGUAAUUUCAAGAUGGAGCAAUAAUAAGACCAUUAGCCUGAAGUGGCGUAUUGGCCGAACGAUGUCAUGUUCUAUGCAGGACAGACACAGACAGUAUGCCUGAACAUGGCUGGAAUAGCAGAUAAUACCUGGGACGGGAGACUCGAGGACAAUGAGUAGGAUGAAGAUCAUGCUGAAAAAUGUCCCUGGUCAAGGUCUUUCAGAAUGCUCCAUAGCCUCUGUUUGGACAGCCUCUGAUCAAUUACUACCUUGCGAGCAUUACGCCAAUGGCCACAAGUGAUCAGCUGAUGAAGAGGCUAGCAGCUCGCCGCUAUGCUGGCUUGCUAAUUCUCUCCCCUCCAGCUGCAGCCGCAGCCCAUCCAGCUACAACCCAUUCUGAUCCACAGAGUCAGACUGCAGACUGCAGCCAGGAGAACGGGGCCUUGGAGGACAUGGAGGAGGACAUCAGCCUAAAGAAACGGAAAGGUGAUCACCAUGGCGACAAAGACUCUGAGUCCCGAGACUCCGGCCAGGAGGCUGGAGGUGAAAAGGUCAAGAAACGCAGAGGUAGACCUCCGGCAGAGAAACUGCCCCCCAACCCUCCCGAGCUCACCAAGCAGCUUAACACACUGGUGGACAUGGUUAUCAACUACAAAGACGGGUUGGGCCGUCAGAUCAGCAAAGGCUUCGUUCAGCUGCCUUCCAGGAAGGAGGUGCCAGAGUACUACGAGUUGAUCCGCAAGCCUGUGGACUUCAGGAGGAUCAGGGAGCGUGUGCGCAAUCACAAGUACCGGGGUGUGGGAGAUCUGGAGAAGGACAUCAUACUACUGUGUCACAAUGCCCAGACCUUCAACUUGGAGGGAUCUCAGAUAUUUGAGGACUCAAUCGUUCUCAAGUCUGUGUUUGAGAGUGCACGACAGAGGAUCGUCAUUGACGAUGAGGAGAAAAAGGACAGCACUGCCAUCUGUGACGAUGGAGGUCGAGACAAUCAGUUUGGUUCAUCAGAAGUGAAAACGGUGACAAAGCAGGUGAAACAGAGGAUGAAGAAAGAGGAUCGGAGCAGAAAGAUGAAGGUCAAGAAGACAGUCUACAGUGAUGUAGACAGCGAUGAGGAUCUGGAGGACAAUAGAGCUAAAGAUGAGGGUUGACCUGGAGGACCAAUGCUAGUUAAUUUAUCCUCUUUCUUUCUCUCCGCUGUCACUGUUUUUGCAAUGCAGCAUAUUAGUUCUCACCUUGAUAAAGAUUUGUCUCAUCUCAAGUCAAGAAGGCUACUCAAAGAAAGGAAUUUACGUACCUAAUGAUGUUGGUCCUCAAGUAAUUCAUGCAGCCUUAAAAUUUCUUGUCUCUUUACUAUUAUUUUGCCUUUUUGUUUUUUGGGAUUUUAUGGUGUUGCUCUCUUGGUCCUCAAAUGGAAGCUAUUGUGUGUAUCCUUAAUGCUUAACCAGAGGAUAUCUCCACCCUCUUUUUUCAUGAAUUGUUUUUGUAUUUGAAAAUGUUAUUACUGUAUGUGUGAAAUGCCUUCAUAUGUCUUGGAGCAUGAUGAUGUAUUUCUGCUAAGACGGAGACCGCCCUCAGAGAGUGGCGCAUGUUGAUGACAUCAAUAUAUGUUGUGUUACAGGUGUGGGAGAUGGCAGAAAAUGGUUGGUCAGUUCUUCAAUAUGACUAGGAUGGACACUACUGGAUUGUUUCAAAUCUCAAAAUGUGUGGAUUUAAAAUGAAAUAUGAUUCUGUAAUAAAAGUUCAAAUGGGAGAAUUGUAUUUGAACAA